AUGAUCUGAACGCAGGCUGGAAUUUUCCUCUUCCUGAAAAUGCGGAAAGUGUGAGUAGAAGUCAAGAUCAGAGAGGAACACAGACACAGAGCGUUACUAAGGCGUAUUAUUUCUCUCUCUUUUUGGCAAGGCAUGGACUUUCACUUUACACAGGACUUCUACUAUGAUCUGUGAAAUAUUAUUAAACUAACAUUUGCUUAUAGUGAGCAUAGGCGCCUCACUCUAAAGUUACGCUGCUUGUGAACUAUUUGCGGGAAGAGGAUCAUAUUCAUAUAGACUCGUUUUGUAGGCUACAGUAUAGGCUUUGCGCCAAGAUGUGGUGGACUCCUUUGAUUGGAAACUUUGCUAUUCAGGUGGCUGCUGCAGGAACACCAGUCCUGUUCCAGUUCCCCUUUCUGGGCCCUUCUCCCAUGCAGGAGACCCACAUGGGCUAAGAAGGUCUGGGUCGGGACCACAGCAACAGCCUGACCAGUCAUUACCUGCUACUCACAGGUCCGGAGACUGCAGAGAGCCAAGAUGCACGGCUGCCGGAAGAAAACCAGGGUGCUGUGUGUGAUGAUGAUGCUCAACGUCUUUGUCUUCAUCCUCGUGGGCGUGUCUCGGAACCUGGGCCAGGACAAGGGGGACCAGCGGAAGCUGCGCAUUCCCUCCAAGACGUUCUGGAGGAAGCAGAUGACCAGCGAGAUCUUUUGGAAUAAGGAGCAGCAGAGGCUGGACUACAUCUACAACCCCAUCCUCAUGUCGGGUUUGACCAAUGACACCCUCCUGGAGCUACCUGAUUGGCUCAACGACACCAGGUCCCCGGACCCCUGCCAACCGGACUACAGCGUCACCACGCAGGUGAAGGACUACAACUCCCUGCCACCCCGCUUCCAGGACUUCCUGCUGCACAUGCGCUGCCGCUCGUAUCCGAUGAUCAUGGACCAGCCACGUGUGUGCGAGAGCAAACCCUACCUACUGUUGGCUGUCAAGUCCCUGGCGCCUCACUUCGACCGGCGGCAGGCCAUCCGGGAGUCGUGGGGGCGGGUGGGCGUUCUGGCCAAUCGGACUGUAGCCACGGUCUUCCUCCUUGGCAAUGCCUCGGCAGUCGACCACUUCCCCAACCUGUUUGGGAUGCUCAGUCACGAGGCCAGACUUUAUGGGGACCUCCUCCAGUGGGACUACCGAGACUCCUUCUUCAACCUCACCCUCAAAGAGGUGCUAUUCCUGGACUGGUUCAGCCAGCGUUGCCCCGACGCCCGCUUUGUCUUCAAAGGGGAUGAUGACGUCUUCGUCAACACCUGGAGGAUCUUAGACUUCCUCCACAAUCUUCCAGAGAUCAGGGCCAGGGAUCUGUUCAUAGGGGACGUAAUCACCAACGCCGGCCCACACCGGGACAAGAAGCUCAAGUACUUCAUCCCAGAGAGUGUAUUUAUGGGGCCAUACCCGCCUUACGCCGGGGGAGGAGGGUUCCUGUACUCUGGGGAACUGGCACUGCAGUUGCACAACAUCUCCCAGCAGGUGGCGCUGUAUCCUAUUGAUGAUGUCUACACAGGGAUGUGUCUCCAGAAGCUGGGCUUGGUCCCAGAGAAGCACAAGGGCUUCAGGACGUUUGACAUUGACGAGAAAUACAGGGGCAACCCGUGCGCGUAUAAGAGCUUAAUGCUCGUGCACAGCAGGACGCCGCAGGAGAUGAUCAAAAUCUGGGCCUGGCUCAGCGAUCCGGAAUUGGACUGUCAGUGAGACAUCUACAUCAUCCCAUAUUACACUCUAUUCCCUACACAGGGCACUAUUUUUGACCAGAGACCUAUGCACCCUGGUCAAAAGUAGUGUACUAUAUAGGGAAUUAGGGGUGCCAUUUGGCAUGCAUCCAAUGGGUCUUUGAGAAAUUUGUUUGAUGUGUUCUCAGCCAAAUCCUCGAGGUUCGGUAGGAAUGUUGCAUUCACGUGCUAGUCUGACUUGCUAACUAGUUGUAGUUAUCACGUGCCGCGUUCAACCAGUUAACAAGUCGAGCAUUUUUGAAUUUCCUAGUUCCGACAAGCACGUCACAAGUCAGUGUGUUCCAGCUUCAAUAGAAUCAGCUGAUAUAUCCCAAGCAUUCCAAAGUAUUUUUUACAUGCACUUUCCAAGACAGUGUUCGGCAAAUGUAGUAUCAUUAACAUAAAUGUACUACUACUGUAUGUACUAUACAGGCACUACUGCAUGCGAGGUCCUUCAUUUGCAAGAAAUGUAAUUUGUCACAAUAACAGUUGUGAAAAUCACCUAUGAUUUGGGGGGGGGGGGAUCCAUAUUACUUUUAAUAGUGACAAGACAGUUCUCUACUUGUGGAAAAUGGCAAGUGGUGUGUGAAUGUCAUGCUUAACCUGUUUUUCCAGACUGUUACGCCAAACCACAGGGUGGUGUAUUGCUGUAAGUUCUCUCAAUGGAUCUGACAUUCCUUUGCACUUGAUUCUAGAAACAAACUAUUUAUGUUAUUUGAAAGAUCGCUGGUUUAUUAUAACCCUUAAAGCUGGAAUCCGUAGCGGUGAAUCUACCACGUCCGUUUGUGCGAUAUUACAACAACAAAGAAGUUACUUAAAACAAGAAACGCUGUUUUUUUCCCUUCAUAUUGAACGUCAUUACACACGCGAUAGGACAGCAGAGUACACUGAGUGUACAAAACAUUAAGGACACCUUCCUAAUAUCGAGUUGGACCACCUUUUGCCCUCAGAACAGCCUCAAUUUGUCAGGGCGUGGACUCUACAAGGUGUCGUAAGCGUUCCACAGGGAUGCUGGCCCAUGUUGACUGCAAUGCUUCCCACAGUUGUGUUGAGUUGGCUGAAUGUCCUUUGGGUGGUGGAACAUUCUUGAUACACAUAGGAAACUGUUGAGCGUGAAAAGCCCAGCAGCGUUGCAGUUCUAGACACAAAUGGGUGUGCCUGGCACUUACUACCAUAACCAGUUCAAAGGUACUUCAAUCUUUUGUUUUGCCCAUUCGCCCUCUGAAUGGCACACAAACAAUCCAUGUCUCAAUUGUCAAAAGGCUUAAAAAUCCUUCAUUAACCUGUCUCCUCCCCUCCUCCCCAUCUAUACUGAUUGAAGUGGAUUUAACAAGUGACAUCAAUAAGGGAUCAUAGCUUUCUCCUGGUCAGUCUGUGUCAUGGAAAGAGUAGGCGUCCUUCAUGUUCUGUACACUCAGCGUAUGUAAAAAUGUUUUACCACACUUAUUGAGCUCCUCUUCUCCAUUUCAUAAACAGAACAAAAACAAUAACAAAUGUGCCUGGGGCGACCAGUGGCACCUUUAUGUAGAUCUCAGCUUUAAAUUUGUGCUCUUUCUGUAUACUCACAACAGAGGAGGCUGCUGAGGGGAGGACUGCUCAAUAAUAAUGGCUGGAAUGGAGCAGAUGGGGUGGCAUCAAACCAUGUGUUUGAUACCAUUCCACUGAUUCCGCUCCAGCCAUUACCAGGAGCCCGUCCUCCCCAAUUAAGGUGCCACCAACCUCCUGUGACCCACACGCCUAUAAUGGAAUUAACUGAGUCUGUACUUCCAACUCAUUUUCUGCCCUAUGUUUGUUUUGUUUUUAUGUUUUAAGAAAGUGUCUUAUGUGAUGGAUACCUGGAGUAUUUUCAUUUUUUAUGACAGUGAAUAAAAAAACAAUUCAAACAUCAAA